AUGGAUAAUCGUGAUGAUGUUAUACCACACAAUCUUCUUGCUUUAAAGGGCGAUGAAUUUUUUAAAUGGGUAAAACAAUUUGGUGGUGAAAUGUUAUGUGAAAUAUUGAAGAUUCAGCUAAUGGAUUCUGUUGAAAUUAACUUGAACAAAUCGCCAAAUAAUUAUCGUUAUUCGAAAUCUAUUGAACAAUUUGCUCUGUCGUCAUAUACACUAGGUGGCAAGAUGACAUAUCAAUUUGUUAGAUUGAAUUUAUCUCCUGCUUUACCCAGUGUACAAACGUUGAAUAAACUAUUAUCGAACGAUGAUCUUAAAAUAAAUGAGGCACAGUUUCAUUUUGAUAAAUUGCAAGAAUAUCUUAAUCAAAUUAAAGUCAAUUACGCUUUCGGUGCAGAAGAUUGUACAGGUGUUAUCCGAAGAAUAAAUUAUGAUCAAACAACAAAUUCAUUCGUGGGAUUCAUCACGCCACUAGUUAAUGGUAUACCAAUUUACAAAUAUUAUCCAACAAAUUCCUUCGAUAAAUUAGAAUCAUGGUUCAGCUCAACAGAAAAAUCAUCUUUGUUGAACAUUCUUAUGAUUCAGCCUUUACCAUCACCAAAUAAUUCAACUAUUCCAUCCGCAUUUUUAUUGUCUGGUUAUGGUGUUAUUAACACCGUCAAAACAUUAUUUGAUUUGACAAUAUCAGUAAAAUGGUCUUGUUUGUAUCUAAAACCUAAACAGUUGCUACUGUUCUUUCAAGAUCCUAUCCAUUUAGUGACUAAAUGGAGAAAUCGAUUAUUAUCUUCUACAGCUCAACUUCGUUUUGGUCAGCAAUAUAUCUCAAUUGAACAUUUAAUCGAUAUCAUCGAGAAUUCAAGUUAUUGCAAACUAGAUCAUGGAUUGACUCGAAGUGAUUUAAGUCCAAAAGAUCGCCAGAAUUUUAGCUCAUGUGUCAAGAUUACUUCAGAUGAUAUGUUGUCUAUAUUGGCAGCUGGUGAUGAUACUUAUGGAACAUUUGUGUAUUUAUAUUUACUAAAAAAGUCGAUAUCAGCUUAUGUUGAAAAAACAACAAAAAUCAACGAACGUAAGUGGAUUCAUUUUUGGGAUAGAAUAGAAAACUAA